AUGCAGGCGCACUUCCCGCGGCACCAACAGCGCCAGCACGCCGCGCAGCCCGCCCAGCCCGCCCGCCGCCCAGCGCCCCUCCAAGUCAAAGCGUCUUCCAACGACACCGCACAACCCUCCAUCUCACGUGUCGACCUGGGGGAGGCCAGCCGGCCGCUGAGCCUCGACGGCAGCGCGACGUCGCCGCACGCGCAGGCCGCGCGGCUGUGGGCGCCUGGGCCCGAGUCUCCAGCGCUGGCGGUGCCGGACACGGACAACGCGGUGUCGCCGGCGCCCGCCGCUGCGCGGAAAACCGUGCAGCUGCCGGGGAACGGUCCCGCGCCCGCGGCGCUGAGCAGCUACGUGAUCGAGGUGGGCGACGACAGCGCGGCCACGAGCGGGGGGGUGUCUGACCGGGACCUGGACUCGACAGCGGGGACUCCGAAGCCGGCGACGCCGAUUCGGGAGGACUCGCGGGAGCGGUUGCGGAUGCGGAGCGAGCGCGAGCAGGAGGAGGUGGACGCGUUCCUGGCGCUGGAGCGCGGCCUCACGGGCGGGCCGUGA